CAAAAUUACCCUCUUAUCAAACACCAUCUCGGAAGUUUCUGAACUUAUCGUCGUCGCUCUUUGAAGAUGGAAGAAAAGACCUAAUUUCAGAGCCUAAAAUUUGUCAUACUUGAUCUCUCACACCUCUACCUGUACCGUUGUUCUCAGCAGUUAAUUACCUGGUUAUGCUGUAAAUUCCCUCGACCAUGGCGCUCCAUACGUCCAAUUUAUGCUGCAAUGAUCAUGUUACCUUUAUCUGCAAUCGGAAGAGCGUGCGCUGUUUGCAGAAUUUUGCGGUGUUUCAUCAUCUUCCUUCAGCUCUUCCUAAGCAAUGCGAAAUUGGGUUGGUUAAAUCGUGUAGAGGAGGGUGUGGGUUUCUUUUUCCUUCUAGUCUUCGUUAUGUCGCUUCAAGGAAUGGAAAUUUCAGGCCCUGGAAACAAACUUCUAGGACGCUCUCAUUUCGACCUUGUCAACUAAAAGCUGAGAAUUCGAGCGGUGAAAGCAUUACACUUGAUGCAGAAACUUUGGAGCAGGACUUACAAAACGCCAUUGCAGAUGAAGAUUACGCCAGAGCUGCACAAAUCAGAGAUACCUUGAAAGCUCUUCAAGAGGACAGCAAAACUUCAGUAUUGGCAGCCAAUGCUAAGUUUUACAAAUCGUUUCAGACUGGGGAUCUUGCUACAAUGCAAACUCUUUGGGCACGAGGAGAUAGUGUCUGCUGCGUGCACCCAGGCAUGAGGGGGAUAUCUGGGUACAACGAUGUCAUAACGAGCUGGGAAUAUGUAUGGGCAAAUUAUGAGUUCCCAUUGGAGAUUCAACUCAAGGACGUUCAAGUUCAUGCUAGAGGAGAUGUUGGAUAUGUUACAUGUGUGGAAUUGGUGAAGACGAAAGGUAGCAGUUGGGGAGGGCAGUUUGUUACCAACGUGUUUGAGAGAAUUAAUGGUCAAUGGUUCGUCUGUAUUCACCAUGCCUCACCUAUAGAUUUGUAAUGAGUUUUUUCCAAUCAUACAUUUUAUUCAAAUGCUUCAAGAAUAUUGAUAUCUGUCAUUAUCAAGUGUUCAAGUGAUCACUCUAACUAUGGUUGCUUAAACAUCUUACAUCUUUCAUGAUGUAGAGGGAAAGAGAUUUGAAUCUUUAACCUCUCAA